AUGAAGGAUCUAGGAGAGCUGAAGUUUUUUCUGGGAAUUGAGUUCUCUAGAUCUGAAAAAGGUAUUCUAAUGUCACAAAGAAAGUAUGCACUGGAAUUGAUCUUAGAAUCUGGCCUAGAGGGAGCUAAACCUGCUUGCACACCAUUAGAGAUGAAUCAAAAGCUCACAUCUGUUCAGUAUGAUGAGCACAUUUACAAAACAGUAGCUGAAGAUGACAAACUACUUACAGAUCCUACAAAGUACCAAAGAUUGGUGGGAAGACUAUUAUAUCUUACCAUGACAAGGCCUGCUCUUGCUUUUUCAGUACAAGUGUUAAGCCAGUUCAUGCAUUCUCCUAAGCAGUCACACAUGGAUGUAGCUUUGAGAGUAGUUAUAUAUGUCAAAGAGGCACCUGGCUUAGGCUUGUUAAUGCCAACAGAAGAUACAAACAAACUCUUAGCCUACUGUGAUUCUAACUGGGGAGCUUGCUUGGAAACUAGGAGAUCAGUCACAGGAUACUUGGUAAAAUAUGGAGGUGCACUCAUCUCAUGGAAGUCAAAGAAACAAGAGACAGUGUCAAGAAGUUCAGCUGAGGCAGAGUUCAGGAGCAUGGUUGUUUGUGUAGCUGAGAUCACUUGGCUAAUAGGAUUAUUACAAGGAACUGGGAAUCAGUGUAAGGCUUCCUGUAAACCUGAUAUGUGA